AUGACUGAUUUGAACUCAGAUCUUUUAGAAAUAAAAUGAUUCUCAGCCUUGAGCACAUUUUAUUUAUAGUUUUCCAGUCUAGAAUGGACAGUAAUUGGUAAUGCACAGAGCCUAGCACUAGUCCUCUUUCAGGAUUGGAUUUUACCUCGAGGGAAAAGGUAGGUUGAGAGUUGGAAAGGAAAACCAUGAGCGUCUAUAGGCAAUGCCUAGACCAUUUGGGCAUCUUCCUAGAGUGAAACUGGGAGUUAGCCCCAGGCUUUGAAUUUUCCCUUUUUACCAAAUUUGGCCAGAAAUUCCUUUUUUGGAAUUUUUGUGCAGACAGCUUUCAUUCAGCCCAAGUCGAUAGCCUUCCCACUCAUCAUUGCAUUGGAGCUGGCUGCGUUACCAAUAGGUGGAAGCCAAUCUCUAUUUAAGUUAAGUUAAGAAUUCAGGCCUUUUAAUGGUUUGCAUAGUGAUCCUCAGCUACUUAGUCUAUCAAAAAUUCAAACCAAAGGAGCCUCCACUAUCCCCUGGCUUACCUCCGCUCCGCUUUAAGAGUGUGACAAAAAUUUCCUCAGAAAAGUCAAUUCUUUCAUUGCCCAAAGUGUCCGAAAUUUCAUGGAGAUCUAAAAAAGUUCCCAGAAUUUGUAUUUCAGGUGGGCCUUGUGCAGGGAAAACUACAAGCUUAGCAAGGCUGUCUUUAAGACUUCCUGAGCAAGGGUAUAAAGUUUUUACGGUCCCUGAAGCAGCCACACUUUUAAGAUCUGGUGGGGCGAUGAUUAAUAUGUCAAAUUUUGAUGAUACCCAAAUGACUCAGGCCAUUUUUUGAUUUUUUUUAAUAUUUUUUUUUAAUUAUUUUUAAGAAAAAAAAUUUGGAAAUAAAUAUUAAAAUAACCUACACCCAAAAAAUUGAUUUUCAAUUGAGAUUAGUAAAACUUCAAUUGGCCCUCGAAGAUAUUUUUACUACAAUUGCUGAACACAGUGGCGGUAAAGCAAUUGUUAUCUGUGAUCGCGGGGUUAUGGACGGAGCUGCAUAUAUCCCGCAAGAUCUAUGGCAAGCUUUAUUAGAUGAAAUGGGUUUAACGAAAGUUCACUUAAGAGACUGUAGAUAUGAUAUUCUAUUGCAUCUCGUUACAGCUGCUCAAGGCGCAGAAAAGCAUUUUUCUAAUAAAAAUAAUGUUGCGAGAUAUGAAGAUUUAGAAGAAGCUAGAAAUAUUGACAGGCAACUACUUAGAGCUUGGACAGGUCAUCCAAAGAUGUUUAUUAUUGAUAAUGAAAGAGUAUAGUUUAUUAGAAAUUUUAUUUAUAUUUAAAUGUUUUAUCGAUCAAAAAUUUAACACCUCAUAUAUUUAGCAUCAUUUUUAAAAAAAAAUAUUUAAUAAGCUAUAUCAUCUUUUGACCAAAAAAUAGAAAAAUGCAUUGAAAUUGUCUUCAGUCACCUUAACUUGCCAUCACAGAACCAUUUUAAUUACAAAUUUUUAAUAAAAAUGCGUCCUCAUGACUGGAAAAUGCCAGACUAUAUAGAAUAUCAAAAGAUAUCAGUUGAAGAAACAUUUUUAAUGCGCCAGAAGGCUGACAGAACAAUAGUUGAAAGAGUCCAAAGGAGAGGAUAUAACAAUAGCUAUACAUAUUUAUAUGUAAGGGAACUUAUGAUUGAUGAUGCUAGAAAUUUAAAAACGACUGAAUCAAAUAUAAUAUCAUCAAGAGAAUACAUUUCUUAUUUAAAGCGAAGAGAUAGAACAAGGAAAACUGUACAUAGGACGUUGCUUUGUUUUAUAUAUGCUGAGGAUUAUAUGAUUUUAGAUACUUUUGAAAAUGUUGUUAAAGGUUUGACUAUUUUGAGAAUUCAAACAAAAAAGCCAAGAGAUGAACUAAUUUUGCCUGAGUUUGUCACUGUAAUCAGAGACGUGAUGAAUGAUAUGUCAUACUCCACCCAUAUAUUGGCAAAAAAUGACUAUUUUCUGGAUGAGAUUGAUGUCACAAAAUUAUAA